AUGGAAGUGACUCCAAUCCAUUUGGGCGGCAAAGAAAGUGUUGAUGAUGAUAAUAAUAUUAAUGAUAAAGAUAAACAUCUGUUGAUUGACUCCGAGUCAGAACUGUUGUUGUCUGAGUCAAGUGCCAAUCAACUGCCUGAACAAACCGAAGCCAGCAUUGCCACCGCUAAGGAGGUUAAUCCUGAAGAUUCUCCUACUGAAGAGUUACGUAUGCAUGAAGCUGUGGACGAGGAGAGUGAAGAUGACUACGAUCCAACAGCCACUGAGAUGUUAGAUGGCAACGAUGACUCAGUGACGGAUGAGCAGCCAGAACAAGAUGCAGCUGGUGAUGAAGAUGAAGAUGAUUACGAUCCUGAAAAGACCUUGAGCGUUUCACAAGGUGACGAAAAAGAUGACGAAGAUGAUGAUGACAUUGAGGUUAAAGAAAAGGAUCAUCAACAAGAAGAUCAAGUUAGUGCUGAUGAUGAUGAUGACUAUGAUCCCACUGAGUCUAUAGCAUCAGCAUCACCACCUUCUGGUAACUCAAUUUUAAAAGGUAAAGCACCACCAAUUGGACUUCCUCCGAAACCACAAUUGAACGUUGUAUCAUCGACUUCUGCCCUCACCAAUGCUGAUUUCAAAGACAUGGCUAACCAGCAAUUGCACGAAGCUUAUGAUACUAUCAUGAACAGUGGUUUGGUCAAAGACCCCGAAUUUGUCCAAUUGCCUGCUCAAGAGCAAAUGAAGCGGAUCAUGGAGAAACUCGAGGAGUCAAACGUUGAAUUGAACCCGAACAUCAAGAACAACCCCAACAUCAACUUCAACCAAGUUUAUUCCUUUAACAAGCCAUUCAAGAAUUUGAAGAGUCCGAUCCCAUUAAUUCCCGUCAACGAAUAUUGUCGUCGACCAAACAUCACUGCUCCCAUGACAGCUGAAGAAGAAGAGGCUUAUCAGCAGUUCAUCAAGACGGAAACGUAUUACAUGAGGACACAAAAAUGGGAUGAGUUCCCAGAUAAACUGAGGUUAUUCAUAGGCAAUUUGCCUGCCAAUACCAUCUCCAAACAAGAUUUGUUUAGAAUCUUUAGUCAAUACGGAGAAGUGGUUCAGAUCUCCAUUAAGGCGGGCUUUGGGUUUGCUCAGUUCCGGACUGCCGAACAGUGUUUAUCAUGUAUUAAAGGGGAGUCGAAUGUGCCAUUACACAACAAGAUUAUGCGUUUAGAUGCCUCUAAGCCGCAAACUCCGAGAAACAAAGAUAGAAGAAGUGGGGGUGGUGGUCGAGAUAGAGAAAGAGAUGAUGGACUUGAUAUUGACUCUAACUCCAAGAGAAGAAAAAUAGUACCCGAUUGCUUCCUUUACAGUACAGGGAAGUCAUCAGUGUUUUACAUUCGUAAGGUAAAGAAGGCUUUGACGUCAGCACAUCUUUCCAUUGAAACAGAAGAUGUUACUCACAAUGACAUCAAUGAGGUGGUUCAAGAAGCCGCCUAUUCCGGUGUUCUUGGUGCUUGCAUCAUCAAAGACAUGAAGGUAGACUUGCAGACGUUUCAGGAAACUUCUGAUGGAGGUGUGAAGUUUGAUGAGUAUACGGAAAUUGAACCCGAGGUUGCUGCAGAUAUUCUUGUCAAGGCAAAGGAGUUGAAGAGUGGCAGUGUUAGUCUGUAUGGUGGUGGUUCAGAACUUCCUCCUAUCCCACCUCAGAGUUACCCCCAGCAACAGCAGCAUUCACCUCUUCAACAUCAGCCAAAUCCUUCUUAUAGCUCCGGGCCUGAUGCAUAUCCCGAUCCCAGAGGUAAUAAAGGCUACGAUCUCCAUGGAGGAGCAGGCAACCGUAGAAGUGGUAAUCGCGGUGGUGGUGAUAAUUAUCGUGGUGGAGACCGUGGGGGUCGAAAUAGAAAGAGAGACAGAGAUAGAAGACAAGGCUAUGAGCGUCAGCAACAUCAGCAACAAGCAUAUUCCUCUCUGCCAUGGUCAUCGUCUCAACAGCCAUACUAUGGGAAUCCUCCUGGAUACGAUAAUAAUCCCAAUAUGGGUCCACAGGGCUAUGGAGGAGGAUACAAUAGUAAUAAGAGUGCACCACCAUACGGUCAACCACAGCAAUACAAUCAGCCAUAUGGUUCAUACGGCAAUAACGCUUACAAUAAUGCACCACCAUAUAAUAAUCCUAAUAAUAACUAUAACCAAUAUGGUGGUGGUGGAAGCCGUGAGCCUGACACCAAUAACCUCUUGAGCACACUCAAAAACAUUGAUCCUCAAUCCAUGCAGAGCAUGAUUAACAUGCUACAACAGCAGCUGGGACCCCAACAGCCACAACAACCACUCCAACAACAACGUAUGCCUCCUCCUCAGCUGUAUGGCGGUCAAUACGGGCAAAUGCAAGCCCAAUCUAAUACUCAGGUGAAUUCGUUAUUAUCACAAUUGAAGUCUUCCGACCCAAACCACAACCAAGAAACGAAUGCACUGUCAUUGAUGGAAACGUUGGCAAGAUUAUCCAAAAAAUGA